UGUUUACAGAUCAGUGCAGCUCUUAUUUUGCUCUCCUCGACGUCCUCCCAAAAAGUGUUUUGCACGUCGCGCGACCCCUCAACACCCUUGUCCUCUACAUGGACUUAAUGCUUCCACUUUACCCACCAGCUGUGGCGUGGAUAUGGACAUGUCGUAGCCACGCUUGCUGUGCUGCUGCUGCUGCUGCUGACGGGUUUUCCGUAUGUUGGCCGGAGCCUGUUGCAAGUGUCCAUUCUCUCUAUCCGCGUUCAAGCGCUCUCUCUCGGUGGCGCCGCGGGGCUGCGGGUCCGCCUCGCCGCCGCGGUCCCUGCUGCCAGGCUGGAGGUUAGGGGAACGCGGCCUGCAGGAGGCCGCCCGAGCCCGCAGCGCCGUUAGACCCGCCAGCUUUUACCGACACUCGGCCUUCUUCUGUCUCUCCUGUCAGGAGUCCAUGAGCGAUAGUCUGCGGACCUGUUAUGUGUACUUGAACCAGACCAGCCGCAGCUUUGCAGCCGUGAUUCAAGCACUGGACGGGGAGUUGAGACACGCAGUUUGUAUUUUCUACUUGGUGUUGCGAGCGCUGGACACAGUGGAGGACGACAUGACCAUCCCCCUGGACAAGAAGGUUCCCAUGCUGAAUGAUUUCCACACCUUCCUGUACCAGGAUGAGUGGUGUUUCACUGAGAGCCAGGAGAAAGACCGACAGGUUCUGAACGAUUUCCCUACGAUAUCACUGGAAUUUCGAAACCUCGCCCAGGAAUACAGAGACGUCAUCUCAGAUAUCUGCCACCGCAUGGGAGUGGGAAUGGCCGACUUCCUUGAGAAGAAAGUGGGAUCCAUGAAGGAGUGGGACCAGUAUUGCCACUAUGUGGCAGGUCUGGUUGGCAUUGGUCUGUCUCAGCUGUUCUCUGCGUCCCAGCUGGAGGAUGCUGAGGUGGGGCAGGACACCAAGCUGGCCAACUCCAUGGGCUUGUUUCUCCAGAAGACCAACAUCAUCCGGGACUAUCUAGAGGACACACAAGAGGGACGUGCCUUCUGGCCAAAAGAGGCUUGGAGUCAGUUUGCAGGUCGUCUUGAGGACCUGGCUCAACCGGAGAAGCUGGAGUCGGCUUUGUCGUGUCUCAACCUGCUGAUCACCGACGCCCUGCGACACGUCCCAGAUGUUAUUACGUACCUGUCCCGUCUCCGCAACCAAAGCGUCUUCAAUUUCUGUGCUAUUCCACAGGUGAUGGCAAUAGCUACAUUAUCAUCAUGCUACAACAACCCCAUGGUGUUCAAGGGAGUGGUAAAGAUAAGGAAGGGACAGGCUGUCACCCUCAUGAUGGAGGCCACCAACAUGAGAGCGGUGCACACCAUUAUCUCCCACCACAGCGAGGAGAUUUUACAGAAGGUCUCCCUCACUGACCCGUCACGGGACAAGACACUGCACAUCCUGGCUCUCAUCCGGGAGAAGUCCACGCUGUCACAGUCCAGCUUUCCCUCCAGGACCCACCACCUGUCGCCCAUGUACUUGUCUGCUGCCAUGCUGCUGGCCGCGCUCAGCUGGCAGUAUCUCAGCACCACUGCGGCACAGGCACAGGGAACCAGUGACAUGCAGGGAAAGUGAACCUCAUCGCCCUCACCUCUCCUGGGGGCUACAGACUCAGAAAAGCCCCCUGGAGGUCUGGUUCCCCUCUCAUCAUAGAAAUCUCAAACAUAUCUUCCCUGAUUCUUCCUCGUUGUUACAGACGUUACAGCAUCAAGGAACUAUUUAGUUUUUAGGAGGUUCUGGUUGCAGGCUGAUCUAAUCACGAUGGGAACGAUAGUGAAUUGUUGUAGUCCAUUCGACAUCUGGAGUAAAAGUCUUUACACACAAUUUAGUGUGGUUAUAUUCACCAGCAUAAAUGGCACUUUGAACAGGGUGUGUUGUUGUCCGUUAAUAAUUUACGCAAAUCAUUUGUUUCUUUGUAUUUUUGAUUAGUGUGAAAUAUUUUUGCCUUUUUGUUUUGUCUUAAAUUUCAGAAUUCACAGCAAAAAAUAUAAUAGAUGCGUUAUUCAGCCGAGUAGGCUGAAUUGUUUCAAGACAAGACAACACUGCCUAUUUCUAGGCGUUUUCAGGAACACGGUUACAAAACAGUUUUCUUUUAAUUCUCGUCAAAAUAUAUUUUUCAUGUCCAAACAAAGCUGGCUUGGUAUUUUAUACUUAAAAGUGUCUGUGGGAGACGCACCUGCCAGAGCAUUUACGAUGUAGAUGUGCUGUGUAGAUCAUGCGGGGAACAUCCCAUCAACACGCUUCUGUCUGUGUUCAUUCUACUUUUUGUACUUUGACAUAGGAGAAAAAGGAAAAAGAACAGUGCGAUUUAAGGGCUGGGGUUAGGUUUAUUAGACAUGGGGUGUGAAUACGGGAGAAUAAAAAAUGACACAAAAAAAAUGACACAAAUGUCACAAUACAUGAUUUAUGUUUAUUGAGACGUCUAGCUGAAGUGUCCUUAAUACAGCUUUGGUGAGUAGAAAGGCCAGCACAGAGUAACCUAGCACAGAACCAAAGGAGAGCUACAAACAUUGCUAUGUAAUGUGAAUUUCUGAUUUGUAUAUAUUUGAACAAAUAAAGAGGUGAAAUGAUCUGAA